AUGGUGCACGCGGUCCGCAUCCGGAACGGCGCCGCAGAGUCCUACGCCUGCCGGUUCACCGAGACCAUCGGCGAGCUGCAUGGCCACUCCGGCAUCGCGCGCCUAGCGCUCUUCUACGCGCGCAGACUCUGCGACCUCGUCGACCCGUCCCGUGGCACGGGCGUGGCCAACGCGGGGCUCGUCUACUUCAACGGCCGACUCCUCGCCAUGUCCGAGGACGACCUCCCGUACCAGGUGCGCGUCACCGCCGACGGCGACCUCCGAACCGUGGGGCGGUACGACUUCGACGGGCAGCUCGCCGGGUGCGCGUCCAUGAUCGCACACCCGAAGCUGGACCCGGCGUCCGGCGAGCUGUUCGCGCUCAGCUACGACGUCCACUGUCCCGUGUCCCCUACGGCUUCCACAGCACCUUCAUCGGCGAACGGGAGCUGGAGGCCCAGGCCUGAUGAUGAUUUCUUGAUUCCUUGGUUCUUUCUUGACACUGAUGACGACGACUGA